AUGGAUUCCUUGCAGGAGUGGCUGCAAGAUGUGGUGGCAGGACACAUCACGCUUCAACGUGCAGAAGAGGUGCUCAACAUGCGCUCAAGUCUUGUUGAGCUGCUGCUCCUCUACAAGGAUCUGCAUGCAGCUUCUGUUUCAUCAGAACCUGCGGACACAGCCGAAGUUGCUGUGCAGGCUUUGCAAGACAUGGUGAGCCAGUACGCCAACAGAGCCAGUGCCGCUUACGCCUUCCUCUCCUUCUGCCGGAAGUGCGAGCUGCGAGGGGCUGCCGAGCUAGACGCAAAGGGGCAGGACCUGCUCAAGCACGACCGUGCAAAACCAGUCCGUCGACUGGCAGAGCUCGGCAAGGGGCGAUGGUGGUUUUGCAAGCACGCUGCGAUCCAAUCAUUGCCGGACUGCACUAUGUUUGUUCGCUACGUUCGAGACUGGGUUGCGACAAGGCAUGCCUCGUGGUCGGGUGAGAGACAGCGAGAUCCCGAAGAAGACAAAGAGCUUGAAAACGAAGCUGCAGAUACCAUGCAGGAGGCAGAUGAGCAGAUACUUGAGCUCGAGAUAGAGUUGGGCGAAUAUCGGGCAUGUCGUGGUAUCGUCCUCCACCUUGACGGUUUGCUCAAAGAGUUCAAGAGUAUUUGCAAAAGCAUUGCCGAGACGAAGCCAGAGCGCAUCGUGCUGACAAGGCUUCGGGCAGUGCUGCCCUUGGGUGAGGCUAUCGAAGUGCGGGAGUGGCUCCAGAAGGCAGCAGAAGUGAGCGGGCAGCCAUUUUCGGAGGAUCUCCUGCACUCUGUGGAGAAAUGCUUUCAACUCGGAAGCGCCAAAGCUGAUCUGAGGGCCCUGUGUGCGGCCAGCCAGAUCUUUGGUGCUUGCGAGCAAUCUUGGGAACUCAUGGCCGGUAUGCUCGUGGACAUGGAGACGGCGAUCGAGGAGUCCCGGCCACCCGAGCUGGACAGCAUCCUGCAAUCCGGGUUUUCUCCAUCUCCGAUACAUUAUGGAGGCGUCCACAGUAAGACGGUCUCAGCAGUGGCAGAGCAAGUGCAACUGGCUGAAGACCACAUCCUGCUGAAGCUCCGGGAGGGUGGCACAGAUGACAUCGUCAGAGCCCUCUCAGAUGCCAAGGAGCUUGAUGGUUUCCUUCGCCCAUUGCUGAAAGAGGACCUCAUGCCACUGCAAGAUGCCGUUGAAGAACAUUCAGACGAGCUUAUCCGAGCAGACACCAUCUUUGCCUUGCUGGACAUGCAGCGAUUCUUUCGGCUUCUGGUCAAGCGGACAGCCAGGAUUCAAUCGAACUUCGUCUGGGCCAUCAAGGAUACGCACCGUGAGCUGAAAGGCGACGUUGACGACAUAGGGGACAAGCUGCGCGUGUGCUCUCAGCACUGCCAUGGGCUUUCAAACCUCUACAAGAACCUGUCUUCACGAGAGGAAAUGGCCGGGGAGAAGAUCAAGCAUGCCUCCAGAGAAGGCGUUUAUCGGCUUCACUGCCGCGCCAGUGGAGUGGAGAUCGCACUUACCUAUGUCACCUUCCUUGAUGGCCGGCAUCAACAGGCGGACAAUAUUCCAAACAAGAGUCUUCCCCCUCAGAAUCCUCACUAA